AUGGCUACUGCUCAAACCCUUGCAGUCAUAGACAUCCCCGGUCUUCAUCACUCGCCCAGCGUCGAGGACUUUGCAGACUCCCGGAACGUCUCGAAUGGUCUUCCCCAGCCUGAGGAGCAGCCAGAGAUAUCCGACACCGUGCUCAAGAACUUGGGCGAGCUUUUUGUUCGCCAUGACGCCCAUGGUGCCUUCGGCAUUCAUCUUCUGCAUGCCCAUUUCCAGGUCCCCGAAGGCCAUGUCCUGUUUGGGAUCCAAGUCCAGGUUUCGGGCAAUUCCGAAUCCUGUUGGACCAAACCCGUUCCGGCAAAGGAGCUGACCACCAAGCCUAUUCAUGGUCAUGUCUUCCACUUACAGCCCAAUGGAGCCUUCGUCCCGUAUGAGUUCCAGGAAGGCGAAGCUCCAUCUAACGCAUCCAAGGUCCCCAAGGCAUUUUUCCAAGAGCUCGCUGAAUUCCUGCAUCUCAAGAAUCUUGCAGGCUUGGUUGCGCUGCAGCUCUUGGAUGGCCCAAGAGACCGGACCCAGACUGAGCUCCUGGUUGGGCCACAGGGCACUCUGAUGAUGGACACUAAGGAUGUUCUCGGGUUCGAGCCCGCACAAAUCACGACAGGUUGGUUCUUCCAGGUGGGGGAGGAUGGGAUUAUUUCUUGCAAGGGCAACGACGUGUAUGCUGCCAAGAAGAACACCCACGCAGUCUUCCGGGAUUCGAAGCCUCUUCCGACUGUGGAAGCAUUGAAGGCGGUUUUACUCCAGGAAGGAAUCAUCGCCUAA